GUACAACUGUACACGUACAGGGCGAAAACGUUAAGGGAGAUUAGUGUACUGGGGACGUCUGUUUGUCAAUUGAGAUUUGCAAAGGGUUAAAAAAAUGAGUGAGUCAAACCGAAAGAAGAGAAGUGGCUCCUUAACAAUAACUGAGAGCGACAAUCGUGCACAGAAGUUAAACCAGGCGGCAGAUCGCACGCUCUGUCAGCAGCUAUCAAGUUUUAGUCACGGUGACUCAGGAUCGCUUUUGAGUCCAACGCAGUAUGUUCCUACAGCUCCAUUAUCACCAAAGCCGAAGCGUGGUAAUCCCUACAACUCACAGUCAUCGAAGACCAACGUGGAUUUAAUGCAAAGCACCAAGCUGUCGGGUAAAUUUAAAGCAGUUGGUCACGUUUCUCUGGGUUUGGCAGUCAUAAGCCGACUGAGUGCCAAGACCUCUACCGGCGAGCAGGAUUUGGAUGAAAAAGUAGGAGAACUUGGACGUUAUAGCCCAAGGAGAAGAGGAACUCUCGCUCAUAUUAAUUUGAUCCCGCCUCCUGAUUACAGCCCAACAGACACGAGAAGGCAGAAAACCUGCUGGACUGCUACGAAAGAAGACAUCUCACAAGAUGAUUGAAAGGAUGAAAGCAGUUCGUAUGACACACUCCAUAAAGGAGAACAGCUCAUACAUAGCACCUUCACA